UCUUCUAUGAACGCAUGCACGAGGUUUCUUCCUGUGGUCUGUGCUUGCUCGAUUCGCCUCACCCUGUUCUCGCUCGUUUCGUUCGAUCAUCGUUUCUUCGUUAUUUCAUCCUAUUCGAGCGGAUUUCGGAGUAACAUCCUGUUUUAAUUAUUUUAGAUUUUUCUUCGAAAAUACUAAGAAAACAACCUACUCUUCGGUAGUUCAUUGAAUCAGGAAAAUGUCGACGGUAGCGAGUGCUUUAGCUGUAGGCGGUAAUCGACAAUCCGGAGCUCCGGUUCGCACACAGAAUGUCAUGGCAGCCUGCGCGAUAGCCAAUAUUGUCAAGAGUUCCUUAGGUCCUGUUGGCCUGGACAAAAUGUUGGUCGACGAAGUCGGGGAUGUCACAGUGACCAAUGACGGUGCAACUAUUCUGCGUCUCCUGGAUGUCGAACAUCCUGCAGCUCGUAUACUCGUUGAAUUGGCACAACUGCAAGAUGAGGAAGUCGGUGAUGGCACCACAUCUGUUGUCAUCGUAGCAGCUGAGCUGUUAAAAAAUGCAGAUGAACUCGUGAAACAAAAGAUUCACCCUACAUCAGUGAUAAGCGGGUAUCGACUAGCCUGCAAGGAAGCUUGCAAGUACAUCCAGGAACAUCUAACUGUGACUGUUGACGAGCUUGGAAGAGACUGCUUGGUGAAUGUUGCAAAAACAUCAAUGUCCAGCAAAAUCAUUGGAGCUGAUGCGAAUUUCUUUGGAAACAUGGUCGUAGACGCAGCAAACGCUGUAAAGAUCAGCGAUGGAAAAGGGGGACAUCUGUAUCCCGUCAAAGCCGUGAACGUUCUCAAAGCCCAUGGAAAAAGCGUUCGGGAGUCCGUUCUCGUUCAGGGUUACGCGUUAAAUUGUUGCGUAGCUUCACAAGCUAUGCCGAAGAAGAUAACAAACGCAAAAAUCGCUUGUCUCGAUUUUUCGCUCCAAAAAGCAAAAAUGAAGUUGGGAGUUGAGGUCCUCAUUACAGAUCCGGAAAAACUUGACGGUGUGCGUCAGCGUGAAGCUGAUAUAACGAAAGAACGGAUCCAGAAGAUUUUGGCCGCGGGAACGAACGUUGUUCUGCUUUCUGGUGGAAUCGACGAUUUGUGCCUGAAGUAUUUCGUCGAAGCUGGCGCGAUGGCAGUUCGCAGAUGCAAAAAAGCCGAUCUAAAACGUAUCGCCAAAGCGACUGGUGCUCAAUUCCUUACGUCACUCACAAACAUGGAAGGUGAUGAAAGUUUCGACGCUAAUUUACUCGGUGAAGCUGCUGAAGUCGUUCAGGAAUUUGUGUGCGACGACGAACUCAUUUUGAUUAAGGGACCUAAAUCGAGGACAGCAAGUUCGAUAAUUCUUCGAGGACCAAAUGACUACUACUGCGACGAAAUGGAACGUUCAGUGCACGACGCAUUGUGUGUUGUGAAACGCGUUUUGGAGAGCAAAAAUGUCGUUUCCGGAGGAGGUAGUGUCGAAGCUGCUCUUUCAAUUUAUCUUGAAAAUUUCGCAACGUCUCUGAGCUCCAGGGAACAAUUGGCGAUCGCUGAAUUCGCGCGAUCUCUCCUUGUCAUACCGAAAACACUCGCGGUCAAUGCUGCCCAGGACGCCACUGAUCUUGUCGCUAAACUGCGAGCUUAUCACAAUUCCAGUCAAACUACAGUUGAUCAUGCUAAUCUCAAAUGGGUUGGCCUCGACUUGUUGGAGGGAACAGUGAAAGACAACAGGAAAGCGGGAGUUUUGGAGCCAGCAGUUUCGAAGAUAAAAGCCUUGAAAUUUGCGACAGAAGCAGCAAUAACGAUUUUACGAAUUGACGACAUGAUUAAAUUGAAUCCUGAACGUCAAGGUGGCAAGUCUUAUCAGGAUGCAUGUGCAGCUGGCGAAUUAGAUGGCUGAAUUUUUCAGUCGUUGCUGUUUCCAUUAUUUCGCAUUUUUAUUACUUCUUCAAUCACGGUUUCAUUCAUCAAAGAUCUUCGACGUAGAUCGAAAGGUGAUCAACGCAAAAGAUAUAUUUUUUUCUCAAUCGAGCGAUCGUUAAAUUGUUUCAAUAUUUUUUUUUCUCAAAGGCAUGAACGAUAAAUAACAAUGUACGUGUUCAUUUUACCGGAUCAGAAUGUCGGUAUCGUCACAACUGGCACACUCCGAUUCCAUCGCUAUUUCAUAUUUAUGAUACUCGUCUUUACGAGAACUUGCAAAAGAAAUAAAGCUUUUUCACCGUAAAAAUUA